GCUGGGGUGCCGCCUCCUCUGCAACGCCGGGGCCGGAGUCUUAGAACCCAGGGCCCGCAGGGGUCCCCGCGGCUGCCGUGAUGCAGAAAUACGAGAAGCUGGAGAAGAUUGGGGAAGGCACCUACGGAACCGUGUUCAAGGCCAAAAACCGAGAGACUCACGAAAUCGUGGCUCUGAAACGCGUGAGGCUGGAUGACGAUGACGAGGGUGUGCCGAGUUCAGCCCUCCGGGAGAUCUGCCUGCUUAAGGAGCUGAAGCACAAGAACAUUGUCAGGCUUCAUGACGUCCUGCAUAGUGACAAGAAGCUGACUUUGGUUUUCGAGUUCUGUGACCAGGACCUCAAGAAGUACUUUGACAGCUGCAAUGGUGACCUCGAUCCUGAGAUUGUGAAGUCCUUCCUCUUCCAGCUGCUGAAAGGCCUGGGAUUCUGUCACAGCCGCAAUGUGCUGCACAGGGACCUAAAGCCCCAGAACCUGCUCAUCAACAGGAAUGGGGAGCUGAAGUUGGCCGAUUUCGGCUUGGCUCGAGCCUUUGGGAUUCCUGUCCGCUGUUACUCAGCUGAGGUGGUCACGCUGUGGUACCGCCCACCGGAUGUCCUCUUUGGGGCCAAGCUGUACUCCACGUCCAUCGACAUGUGGUCAGCCGGCUGCAUCUUUGCAGAGCUGGCCAAUGCCGGCCGGCCCCUCUUCCCUGGCAACGAUGUGGAUGACCAGCUAAAGAGGAUCUUCCGGCUGCUGGGGACACCAACUGAGGAGCAGUGGCCCGCUAUGACCAAACUGCCAGAUUAUAAGCCCUACCCAAUGUACCCGGCCACAACGUCCCUGGUGAACGUCGUGCCCAAGCUCAACGCCACAGGGAGGGACCUGCUGCAGAACCUUCUGAAGUGUAACCCUGUCCAGCGCAUCUCCGCAGAAGAGGCCCUGCAGCACCCUUACUUCUCAGACUUCUGUCCCCCCUAGGCUCUGGGACACUUGCCUGCCAGGCUGGGGCCUGGCCUUAUUUAAGCCCCACUCCCAGGAGGGGAGGGAAAGUGGGGGUUGCACGGUAUGCUGAGCUCCAGCUGUGCUGGGUCCAGCCAGGGUGGAGAUGCCCUGGCCCGUGGUCUUUACCCCUUUCCAUGGACUUUAUUUAAUUUCAUAAAUUGGCUCCUUUCCCACA